ACGUGACGGCCGCUUCCGCCUCUUCCCGCCAGCGCCCCCCCGCGCGGAAGUGACGCGCAGCCGCUGGGUUGCUGCGCAGUUGUUCGGUGCGGCCGGGCGCGGAGGUGCCGGAGCCGCCAGGCGGUCACUGCCCCCCCUCCCCGCCCCCUCCGCGCAGGCAGCGCCGCCCGGCCCCGCCCGCCGCGCCCCGUCCCGGCCGCCCGCCACCGGCGCCGCCCGCCCGCCGCGAGCCCGCCAGCCAGCGACGGCCGGGGCCGCCACCACGAAGCGCCGCAGCCCGUUACUGAAAUCAUGAAUCCUGUGUAUAGCCCUGGAUCUUCUGGGGUUCCCUAUGCAAAUGCCAAAGGAAUUGGUUAUCCAGCUGGCUUCCCAAUGGGCUAUGCAGCGGCUGCUCCUGCCUAUUCCCCUAAUAUGUAUCCUGGAGCAAAUCCUACCUUCCAAGCAGGUUAUACACCAGGCACCCCAUAUAAAGUAUCUUGUUCACCCACUAGUGGUGCAGUGCCACCGUAUUCUUCAUCACCGAAUCCCUAUCAGACUGCUGUGUACCCAGUCCGAAGUGCCUAUCCACAGCAGAAUCCGUAUGCACAGCAAGGCACUUAUUACACACAGCCUUUAUAUGCAGCACCACCCCACGUAAUUCAUCACACCACAGUUGUGCAGCCCAAUGGCAUGCCAGCAACUAUGUAUCCUGCACCAAUUCCACCACCAAGAGGAAAUGGUGUGACUAUGGGGAUGGUGGCUGGGACUACUAUGGCAAUGUCAGCAGGUACUUUGUUGACAACUCAUUCCCCAACUCCAGUAGCCCCUCAUCCAGUUACUAUGCCCACAUAUCGGGCUCCAGGAACACCAACCUAUAGUUAUGUGCCCCCACAGUGGUGAUCAUCCUGGCAGUGUUUGAAGAUGGGAGAUAUGCAAUCAAGAAAUUGAGGUUUAAAAGUUGGUGCUGAAGCCCUCAUGCCUCCAACCAGGACUUUUCUUCUGAAUGCUUUCAACACUUGGCUAAACACUACUAAUUCCUGAUCACUGAAGAUUUUCCAGUGCUGCAUAUCUUACAUCUUGGAACUCCAGCAGUUAGUCUUAAAGCAAAUCCUGUUUUGUGGACUGUCUUGCAAUUUUUUAGCUAAUUAUAAUGAUAAAAAGGGAGUAUAAACUUAUUCUGAUCCAUAUCUAGUUGAAUGCAUGUUAAAACACAAAAACAAAGCUUGCUCAAUCUACCUGCAGUGACUGAUGCAAAAACCAUCAUAUGCAAAUCCAAAGGAACCGAAAAGUAUUUUACAACUUGUAUCACUAAUGCACUGUUGUAAUGUAUGCAGGGUCUUAAAAGGUAGAAUCAUGAAAGUGAGUUUCUUUAUAGAAUGCCGUAAUAUACAUUAGAUAAGUGCUUCAACCUUUUUGGGGUUGAUGGAGUUGCCAGUUUAGAAGAGGCACUUUUUUUUUUUAUUUAAGUGAUGUAUUCAGUUCAAAUUCAACUAACACAAAUUGGAGUGACUGGAAAAUGAGUCAGACAAGCUGUAGAAAUCCCGCACACAAUUAGUUUUCUUAAUACCUUAUCAUUUUCGUUUUAUGGAUUCAGUGUUAUACCGAUGUUCUUACAGAUCAGAAUGAAAUGACAAAGGUAAUGCUAUGUGCCAGAAAAUAAAGCAAACCUCCUUGAGGCAAAUACUUCCUGUUAGGAGUAGGAGGAGGGAACAUCACCUGCAUAAUGAAUUAUACGUCCUGGGGAGAUCUGUAUCCACUACUAUCUUUCAUAUGAUGCAAGAUGUGUCAAAGUGAGACUGCCACACAGACUGAUAGAAAAACAUUUUCUUUAGCUCUCAGUUCAGGAAAUCCAUGCUGUUUUUCCUAAAGAAUAUCAUAGUUGAAAAUGUAUGUGCAGUUGACUCAGCUUGCUUUCCUGAAACUUAAGAAAUGCUAGGGUUUUCCACCACAAACAGGAGGAGUUCAGCUGCAUCUUAUCCUGAGGAAAGCUUGUGUGCCUGAUGAGUAUGUUAAAGGGGAACAAACCAUUUUAACACAAUUUCCUUAUUAGCUUCUUGCAGUAUGGGCUAGGGAUAUGCUCUAGUAGGGCUGCCAGAAUGUAGAGUUGGGGAGUUUUCCUGAAAACAUUUGUAAUUGUAGUAGGAGCCAUUUGUCAAUUACAGCUUUUUGGUGUAUUCUUUAGGAUUUUUUUCUUUACUUCCGAAAUUGCACUUGGAAGCAUGUAAAAUAAGACUGACUGCAGAUUAACAUUUCAUUGCAAUGAGUCAUUUCUGAUAUUCUUGCCUGCAACUUCAAUUUUUAAAAAAAGUACCUCAAAGCAAAUGCUGUGGGGAUAAAGGGCUAGCCUUAGAACCCAUUUGUAUACCAAAAUCGUUAUGGGGAAGAUUUUAAAUUUUUAAAUUUGAGUAUUGCACAUAAAAUCAAGGUUUUUCUUAAACCUGCAUGAUUUAAGAUUCCAGAAAAAUGCAAUUUUGUUCUUUUGGAUACAUUCUACCUGCAAUAAAUGUGCAGUAAGUGGUUAUAAAAUGUUGUUCCCUUUUAAGCGUUUACACAGAGGUAUAUCAGGCUGUAGUGUUCUUGUAGGUUAAUUUCCAUUCAGAAGGUUUUUUGGUUUUUUUGGUUUGUGUUUUUGUUUUUAGUUGUAUAUCUAGUUGUGCUUUGAUUUGGGGUGUUCUGCUCCUAUACAGAUUUGGCAGCUACUUCAGGGUAGCAUCAGUGCUGAUUUAAUGCCGCCAUUCCAGUACCCUGCCCCGGUGGGAGGCUUAUGUACCUGAUAACCCAUUGGCGGUUAGAGCCUUCAGUAACUAUUUUUUACCUUAAGCACUCUCCAUUAUUUUUUUACUUCCAUAUGUGUUGUUUUUUGUUGUUUAAUAAAGUUUAGGAUUAUUUUGCAUGGAUCACUUGUCAGUGGAUGGCCCCCUUAUUUCUAAUGCCUUGAACAUAACUAUGGUCUUGACAAUAAGUACUUUAAACCUUACUCAUGAGCACUUACUGCAGCUUAGGGAUUUCCAUAUGUUUUUAUAUGGAGCAGAAAAUUACCCCAGACAAACCAUUUGAAUCUGUACUGCUUUGUUCAAGUCCGUUUAACGAUUCCAUUUGUGUCGUAGGUUUGCAGCUUUGAUUAGUCAGGUGCGCCAGAGAGUACAGUGAACAUUAAUACAGGCUGUUUGUCAAGUUUCGCUAGUGUAGAGUUGAGAUUUUUGUUGUCUUAGUACGAUUUUAAUAAAAAGAGUUGAGGUGUGAAACAGUGCUUUAUUGAGGAGAAGCUAUAAAGAACAAGCUCUGAGCUUUGCUGUCUCCUGUCUUGUCACCCGAUGAACAAAAGCUUUGACAACCGUAGGAGAGAACUUUCAUGAAUGCUGCAUUAGAUUCAUAGUUAAGGAAUGAAUAUGGUGUCCUAUAUCUUUGCUCUAACUUCAGAUUCCUAAAUGUUGUCUUGGAAUUGGUCUCUGUAUAGUAUUCCAUACCAUUUAGGCAGUCUCACUUACUUGAGCACUUUUUUCUAAGUUGCAUUAUGGGAUUCAUCCACGAGGGGGAAACUGUACCUUUUUAAAAAGGUAUCACACCUUCCAGUUCUGAUGAUGAUCUACUGGGAGGGUGGAGCCAUGUCUCCAGUAGCUAGAUAUGGGAAGUAACCAAAAGCACAGUGCAAGGGGACAGGGGGGAAUAUGUGUGUGUAUAUAUAACUAUCUUAAUGGUAUUUUGUUGCAAAUAGUAGAAAGCAUGGAUAUAAAACUGGCGGGAGGAACUGUACAUCAUUAAAUAGGCGUUUACACAGUGAGGGUCUUAUGAAACAUUCUCUCCUGCUUUUUAUAUAACAUUCCCUAUUUAGAAUUCCUUUAUAAUUAAAUACACGGUAUGUGUUUGCACUAGAGCUCCUCAGAAAAUGAAAAGAGCUAGUGCAGUAGAAACAUUUCAGAUCAAACCUCUCUUUUUAAAAAAAAAAAACAAAAAAAAAAACACUUUAAUGGCAGCUUUAUAUGAUAGAUUAAAAAAAAAAAGUACUACUUUAAACCUGGAACUGAAGAUAACUGUUGCAGCAAUAACAAAGAGAAGUCCAAGAUAGAUUUUUUUUUUUUUCUUUUAAUUCAAAUCUCAAGUGUUGAGUUUAGAUAAAGUAUUUUUAAGACUGAGGUAUUCCCUAUGUCCGUAACAACAGAUGAAAAUGUCUUAAACAUAGCAGCAGCAAAAUAAAAAUGACUAACAAUUGGCACCAAAAACGCAUAGCCCUAGUCAGUGGUGUAGUGGCUAUUAAUCAAACAAUGGGGAGGAGAACAGAGAACCUACUACUAUAUCUUGCCAAUGCUUAUUGUAACCAAACAUCUCCAGUUUGAAGUUUCUAGGAGACGUACAGGAAUGUGCUGUUCAUGAAAGCUUCUUUUGAGUGUACUAUGCAAGUUAAAUGCUUAGAUGCAGUGGUAGAUUACAAAAAUUCCUUCAUUUUAGUUGAAGUCCUUCCUCGUAUCAUUUCAUCCACUGAAAAGAAAAAGAAAACGUAAGUACCACCAUGUCUUAGUGUUACUGGAGUGUAGUUCAUGGUACAGACUUCUAUACCAGGGUACUCAACAUUGACUACUCUUCAUGGAGCGUUUUGGCUGUGCUUCUGCUUGAGCAAUAGGCCACUUACGGUAUCUGAGCAAGAAAUGGUCAGAAUUGACUUGGACACUCCCCAAUGCUUAAGCACAGUAUUUGUAUAACAUUCAUUUGGGUCUAGAACAUAUUUUCACUUGGAUAGAUAAGCACAGCGAGCUCAUACCACCACUAACUCCAGGCUUUAACUGAUACCAGAGAAUAGGAAAUACCGUGUAUGCGAAAUCUCCCAUUUUAGAAACAUGAACGAUAGUGAUGCUUCAGCUGAAACUUGUGGGAAAAGAGGACAGAUGCCGUGGUUGUUGAAUUGUAAUUUGCAGUUGCCUGGGAUGUGGUUUGUGCAGUAGUGGUAGGAAAUAGGCAUGAGCUGUGUCCAGUUUUCUCCAGCAGGUGUCACUGGCCGAGCUUAGCAUUUGCAGAGGGUCGAAAGCAAUUAUUAAUCCUCAUCUUGAAAUGUUUGCGAACACCUGUUAAAGAGACGUAAAGAAUUAAGCUCAUUCAGAUUGUUCUCAUCAAAGUGUCAGCUUUCUAAUCCUGUAUUUUACCAACUCUUACUAAGCUUCCUGUAGAGACCCUCAGACUUGAUGAGGCGGAAUGACGAAAGGAACAACUGCAGCAAAGUUAGGGUUGUGUUUGGCGGUCAAGCCUCGCAAAGAAUGAAGUUUGCUCUGAGAUCUCCAAGUUAGCGAGGACUUUGUCAGCAAUCUAUAUCGCCUCUGCGGGGGGUGUAUUAAGAGAAAAUAAGGUGUGUUUUGCAGAGAGAAGAGAAGGAAGAGGAACGGUGCUUAUCUGGGGACAAGGAAACCUUUUCUUUUGUGUGUUGAAUAUAACACGUAAACAUCUGAAUUCCACAGGUAGUAAGGGUCCAUUUGUGAUAGAAAAUACUCUAAAUGAUUUAUGGGCUCUGAAGUUUCAACAUCGAGAAAGUGAACAUGGCUUUUCUAAACUGUUGUGACUUUUGGGCACUUAGCAGGCAAACUGGGAAAGCUUUUUUAGCUGGCUGCUGUACAGACUCGUUUUAAGUAGAAAGGAUUUGUUAGUGGGUUUUUUUUUCUUGUUGUAAUGCUAUUAUUGGCUGCCCUCAUGUCUAAGAUUUGAAAAAGUGAGUGCAUGCAAUGGAAGUACAAGAGGCCCCAGUAAUAGUUCUCCAUGUUUGUUAUGAAAUAGACACAGGUUUCCUUUUUAUGACUUUUUUUAAAACUGUCUUACGAACAGUUAUAUUGGUACUUUUUUUUAAGUUUAGGUCAAUGUUGUCUUCCAGAAUAAGUUUUAAAGCAUCACUCACUCCUGCAUUGAACUACCGCAUCAACACAAAGAGUGGAGAUUCCAUUCUGAGCCAGUUCAAUUGUGAAAAUUCAUACUUUUUUAUUUUUUAUGCAAUUCAAUGAGUAGAUGAGCUCAGAUUUAAAUUCUUAAAAGCACGUUUAUUGUAACAAGAAUUGUUAUGUAUUAAUACUUCAGUUUUCAAUAAAGAUUGACUUGUGUUGCUUA